CAUUAGCAUGACAUGGCAACAUUUUUAAUAACAUGGCCGCAUGUUGAACGAGACUAUUUUCUUUACUGUUAGCCAAAAUAAAACAUACUGGCGUGAUUUAUAACUGGAUUUAUGUUGAACGCAUAGCUUGGUAAUAAUUACUACUUGACACAAACUAUUGUGAUUGGUGAAGAUGAUGCAUCACCCGAACAUGCAUCAUCAGCCGAUGUCGGGGCACCCGCCGCAGCAUAUGCCUGGUCAUCAAGCUAUGCCUGCACAUCAUCAGAUGCCGCCCCAUCAGGUUCACAGAGAGAACAGGCACGUAACAUUAACUAGGGUGCCCCUGGGACCGACACAAGCGGGUGGCGGCAUGGGCGGGCACGGGCACGGGCAUGGUCAGGCGCUGGGCGGUAUGGGCGCGGCCAUGGGCGUGCCGCCGCCGCACCAUGCGCCCUCACAACGCCCGCCGCACCCCAUCCGCGCUAUGCCUCAUCAUCCGCCAGCGCAACACCAUUCAGUACCACCGCAACCAAUGAAGAGCAUGCGGCGGCCGUACGCGACGCACGGCGGGUACGGGCCGGCGAACGGGCCGGCGCCGGGCGUGCUGGCGCCGCUGUACCCGCAGCCGCAGCCGCAGCCGCACCAGCCACCGCCCUCCGCGCCCGCGCCCGCGCCGCCGCCGCCCGCGCCCCUGCAGCACACGCACACAGGUCUGCGCAGACCUUCGUCGCCUGUUUUGUCAACGAAGUCUAAGCUAAACUCUAGUUUCGUAACAUCGACGGCGUGCACGAAUUCAACGUCGAACAGCGGCGUGAGCGCUAGCGCGAGUGCAUGUGCGGAGACGGCGGCCACAACGACAGCGACAGAUGCAGCGGCAGCGGCGUCGACAGCGCCGGCGACGGCGAGCAGCGAGGCCGGCGGCAGCGCGGCGCCGGGCGACGGCGAGGCGGCUCGCCCGGCGCCCGCACAGGCCAACAGUAAAGAGAAGACUCCUAUGUGCCUGGUCAAUGAGCUGGCCAGGUACAAUAAGAUUAAGCAUCAAUACCGCCUCACAUCAGAAACCGGACCCGCUCACAAGAAAGUAUUCACAGUAACACUCCGUUUGGGUGAUACUGAGGAAUACACAGCUGAGGGCUCGUCCAUCAAGCGCGCGCAGCACGCGGCGGCGACGGCGGCGCUGGCGGGCACGGCGUUCCCGCCGCCGCCGCCGCGCGCGCCGCCCGCGCUCGCGCCGCCGCACGCGCACCACAGGCACUCGGGGACAGUGAUGCCGACGGUGGAGCUGAACGCGCUGGCGAUGAAGCUGUGCCAGCCGGCGGUGUACACGUCCAUCCCGCCGGUGGCGGCGGCGCGGCUGCCGCGGCCGCGCGGCCCGUACCGCCUGCCGCCGCCCGCGCACCACGCCCCGCACCCGCCCGCGCCGCCUGCACUCUUCGGCUACCAGCAGCGCAUGCUGAACCCCGGGCUGGUGUACCGAGUGCGCGUGGUGGUGGGCGGACGAGCGUGGCUGGGGGAGGGCGCCACGCCGCAGGCUGCGAGGCACGACGCAGCUGCGCGGGCGCUGCGGGACCUGCGGCCGCCGCCUGCACCUUCACGGCCCCUCGCCGCCACUGGCGCCACCGCUGCCGCCGCCGGGCCCGCCGCAGGAGACGAAGCGCCGUCCGCCGACGGGGACAACGGGGACGGUGCUGCAGACUUGCUGAAUUCAGAAGUAAAAUCUCCUGUAUCGUUGGUACAUGAGCUCGCACUAAAACGCAACUUGUCCGUGCAAUUCACUGUGAAAUCUGAACGCGGGCCACCACACAUGAGGGUGUUCGUCACUGCGUGUACGGUCGGCGAGAUGGAAACCGAAGGAGAAGGCAACGGGAAGAAGGUAUCCAAGCGGCGAGCGGCUGAACGCAUGUUGGAAGAAAUGCGUCGCCGCUGGCCGCCCGCUUUACUACGGGCGCGGCCGCCGCACGACCGGCGCAGGUUGCAGCCCGCCAAGAAGAAACCUAGGAACCUCAUCAAGGAGGGCGCGGCGGGCGGCGGCGGCGGCGGCGGUGGUGGCGGCGGCGGCGCGGACAACCCGAUCUCGCGGCUGGCGGUGGCGCGGCACGCGGUGCGCGCGCGCAGCCCGCAGUACCGCGUGGUGGAGGAGCGCGGCGCGGCGCGGCGGCGCGAGUUCCUCGUGCAGUGCGACGCGCCGCCGCACUCCGCCACCGGGCUCGGGCCCAACAAGAAGACGGCCAAGCGCCGCGCCGCGCACAAUGUACUGCUCGCGAUGGAAAUGAGCUCGAACGCGAGCGAUAACAAUACUUCAUCUUCUGCUAACGAUUCGGAAACAGGCCCCAACGGCACCGUCGAUAUCAACAAAAACAACGAUUCCAAGAGAAAAGAGGGCGAAACCGGGGCUGGCGGCGGAGGCGCAGGCAGCGAGGUGCGGCAGCCGGUACCGGGCGUGUUACUCAUGGACUACCAUCAACGUUCCGGGCAACCUUCGCAGCCCAACGGAGUGAGCGAGACGAGUGCAACGGGAGGCGGCGGUGGCAACACUCCAGGCGCGAAGGACCAACUCAUGUACCUUUCGGAGCUGCUCGGCUUUACCGUUCAGUUUUCUGAUUUCCCUAAACGCAACCACGGAGAGUACUUAUCUCUAGUGUCGUUGUCAACUGAGCCACCAGUAAUGUGUCACGGCGGCGGGCCUUCAACGCAACAUUCGCACGAACAGUGUUCUCGGGCAGCGCUACGGGCGCUUGCACUCAUGGGGCUGGACGCUCCGCAGGCCGGAAUGACAAGCAUUGGCGCUGCGCCCGCCGCGAAGCCAGGAGUCAUCAGCAACGGUAUCGCCGACUAAGCGCGGCGCACGCUCCAAGCUUUCAUCACUAACCCCUUGCCCUUUUUUUCGGUUCAAAUGCAAUAUCACUCACGUCGUGUAUAUUUCACUACGUGAAAUAUCUAGUUCGGGACGACAACAAUUCUUUUUUUAUUUUAUUAGAUUAUUUCUAUCUUAUCAUAUUUACAAUGCGAUUUGAUCUCGGGUCUUGCAACACUAGUAGUUUUUUUUUAUUCUAAACGUUUCCUAUUUAGCAUUACGUUUAUGUAUAGAUUUGUUAUAUUUUGUGUUCUGUUCCGGGAGAACAUGUUUUAGUUACUCUCGACAUUUUAAGGUCUUUUUUUUUUAAAUAGAAAGCAUGAUUCGCAAUGUAGAGUGCGUAUUUUUAUUAUUCAUCAAAUGUUUAUGUCUAUCUAACAAUGUAUAAAUUAAAUAAAUAUGGGGUAAUAACUGUCACUUAUAUAAUAUUUAAUUAAGGAUAGGAAGAAUAUCCACAUGAAUGUUAUUAUAGUGUACGACAGCGAGAUUCUGUAAUCGGUUAUAUUUAUAAAAUAUAACCCACUUAUAUUAUUAACUUAUUAGAUAGUAAUUGGACAUGAACUGUCAGUAAAAUUAUGUAGUAUCGACUAAUUGUAUGAAACUGAGGCUGUGAAGCCAAACCAAAAGUUUCAUUGGGACUCGGCAGCGCAUCACCACCGGUUUAUUUUUAAGCGGCAUUUUACGCGUUCGCUAGUGUGGACCUGUAUGAUCAUUAUAUUGCUUGAUGGCUCGAUAUGAAUUUAGGCCUCUUUUUAUAAAGUGAUAUUUCUAUUCGAACCGAUAGAUGAGACCGAUUAUAAAUCAUUCGGUGGUCAGCUGCCGUCCUGACGAACGCUAAAGUUGCAUCAUGCGGCCAUGGUGUCACCUUAGUUUAGCUAAUAGUAGUGAUCGCCGUUAUUCUCGUCGCUGCAGCUCUACACUUGAUAAACGGGAGCGGCAGCCGCUGCGCCUCGCACACGGGAAGUACGGCGAUUUGAACAGUUGUGGCCUCGAUUUUUAACUGACGACUAUGUGAGUGAUGGAUUUCCCCGACCCUAAGCUCUGAAAUGUGUAAUUCUAGAUGUAAGUUCAAUCGAAAAAAUUGCGACACGAAAUGAAAUAGCGACGGCUUAUUGUCAAACUUAGGCUAAGAUUGAUGAUUGCUUGUUAUUUUUAGGCUCAAUGUAAUCUAUAUCUAUUGUGCAUGUACCCAUUGACUAGGUUAGUGUUUGACUAACAUAUAACAGUCUAUCUAGAUGUUACAGUAAGCGACACGAUCGGUGACUAUUCGUUCUGUAUUAUGUACAGUGUAAGAUCCGACGGGCCGACGGCUGCAGGUCACUGUGUCAUCUGCCCCUUUGUUGAUUGUACGUUUCAUUGUAAUGAGUCUUUUAACUAUAUUGUAUAACAUUUUAACUAUAUGCGGUAACAAUAUUUAUAUCGCGGUCGUUUAUUAAGUCGAGUCGAAUACAUUUGUAUUAAUAAAAUGUACUCGUAACCACUUGUAAACUACACUGUGUGUAAUCACAGUAUACCGUCGAUUUAUUAUUAAGUUCUUUGUUGAUAAAUUAAACGAUUUUAAAUCGAGGCCAUUGGUAAUUUCUUCAUGUUGAAAGUUGCACAAGUAACUAAGCAUAAAGAAAUUGAAUAAUUAUAAAAAUGCCCACAACGGGCACCAAGAAGUGUUUUAUUUAUUUUGUUCUAAGUAACUAAUAUUUUAUAUGGAGCAAGUCUGUACUUGAACUUCGUGCUUCUAGCGAUCUAUUAUAAGAAUAAAGUUAAACAUUUG